GACAGAAAAAGCCUUGUGGAUAGUGGAAAGUGUACCAUAAGCGAAGUAAGUUUGCUCUUCCUUUUAGCAUUUACACUGUAGAAGAGCAGGCAAUCUAACUCGAGUGACCACCCUUGAAUGGACUUACCUGCAGCGCAGGACGUUUGCGCCAGUUAACAGAUGAGGCCUGUAAUCGUGGUGCACGGUGGUGCGUGGGCCGUGCCGGACGCGUUGGCCGAGGUGUCCGUGGCCGGGGUGAAAGCUGCUACUCGUGCAGGGAACGUGACUCUGAUGAGAGGCGGCGGAGCGCUGGACGCCGUGGAAGUGGCUGUGAGGACGAUGGAGGAUGAUCCGGCUUUUGACGCGGGCCAUGGCGCUGUGCUGAAUACCGAUGGGGAAGUCGAGCUGGACGCCCUCAUCAUGGAAGGACGGACGCUGGCCACAGGAGCUGUAUCCUCAGUCAGAAACAUUGCCAACCCCGUUAGCCUUGCCCGCGCCGUGAUGGAAAAGACUAACCACGUCAUGUUGUCCGGAAAGGGGGCGAACCUGUUUGCAGAGAGCAUCGGUGUUCCAACCCUCCCCACACAUGCCCUCGUGUGUGAGCAGGAGAGGAAGGAGUGGGAACAGUACAAAAACUAUGAUAUUGGCGUCAAAGAGCUCUUUAGAGCCCAGUGGGCCCAUGACACAGUUGGAGCCGUGGCUCUGGACUCCUGCGGGAAUGUCGCUAGUGCAACUUCAACUGGAGGGAUCAGGUACAAAAUGGUGGGAAGAGUUGGAGACUCUCCUGUCAUAGGAUCGGGUGGAUAUGCAGACAAUAGGAGUGGCGCAGUGUCGUGCACGGGCCACGGCGAGUCUAUCCUCAAAGUCACCUUAGCACGGCUCAUCCUCUCUCACAUGGACCGAGGGAAGGCAGCAUGUGAGGCAGUGGAACGAUCCCUGCGGUACAUGGGCGAACGUGUGCAGGGGGGUGGAGGGGCAGUAGCCGUGGCCCCCACCGGGGACUGGACUGCCUGCUUCACCACGGAGCGUAUGGCCUGGGCAGCCAUCCACGGAGGGAUCCUGCACUACGGUUUGAAUCCUCGAGAAAAAUUUAAAGAAACAUUAAAAUGAUUCCACAUGUCAUACCAUCAUAGGUUAUAUUGUUAUUCCUAGCUGAUUAUUGUAGUGAUUUAAUACUAAUACUUUAGAUUUUAAGGUCACUAUGUAUUACGUUUGUACUUCUUUUCUAUUUACAAUUAGCUUUACUAAUCCAGGCUGUCUAGGGUGUGAAUCCAGAAUUUUCUUGCAGACUAUAUAAAACAAAGUUUAUAGAUAAAAAUGCUUAUCUUUUAUAGAUAAAAAAUGCCCUUCUGUUAAUCUUGUCAAUCAUGUCAGUUAUAUAGAAUUAAAACCUGUUGCAGGCAUCUGUAAUGAUGUAUGGUUAGGGUAGCCAAUAGUAACAACAAAAAAACGGUGAAUUCUGACUAAAAGCUGCCGUCUGAAGUCCUGUCCAGCGGUUCAGAUGUGAUAGGACAUCUUACAGUAUCUCUAAAGACCUCAAACUCAGCUGGCGUCAUUAGCUGAAGCCUCCUCAUCUAUGGCUUUCAAAAGCAGGGUCCAUGCUGCUUUGUUAGAGAGAAACAUGCAUCGCUAGAGCAGGACAUAUGGGGUCAUCCCCUCCGAGCUUCAGCAGAGAGUGUUCAGAGCUGAGAGUGCUCAAGGCUCACAGCAUUUGGCGUUCACACAGUUCAGAGUUGACAGUGUAUCCUGAAGUCCCAGCUAUCCAUAAGCCAGCAAACCAAAAAGCCAGUGUGUUAUUCCUGCAAGAACUGUGAACAAUGCUGUGUUUUUUUGUGAUUUUCUUUACUCUGUUCACGUGUUUCUAGAAUAACUAAUGUUUUCUGAAAUGGAGAUAAAAACUAAACUGAUACAUUAGUCCAACCAAGGGAAAUGGAGGAUCUUUUCUGUGUCCUGAGUAACCCUCAUAUCCUGGUUCCUCUCAGGCAGUAAACCUACACUACACAUACCAAGCUUUGGCCAACUGGAGUGCUUAAAUAUCCGCAGGGUGACCACUAACCGCCUAAUCAGUGCUGUGGAGAUCAGCUAAUUCAAAUCAGUGCUGUGGAGAUCAAAGCAAAGGAUUCCAUGCUGGCACCAAGAGUCAAGUAACUCUGUCAAGUAACACACAUCUAAAGGGUGCAUUCUCAAGUCAAAGGGGUAAACAACAUGCAAAAUUAAUAA